CACAAAAGCUCAACUCUUGCCUGUUACUCUCUUCUCUUUUCUCUUCUAAAGUGCACACCACUCUAGUUUCGUUUACGUCGUUAGUCUCCAUCGCUUGUCAUCAUAAAUGAUACUAAUCUAGACAGAACUGAUAACCAGUUUGACUUUUGCUGCUUUUCCUAGCUGGCGAUGUGCAUAAAAGGGCAAUGGGAGCCCAGCAAGGCAAGGAACGUGAGCGGACAUCCACAGCUGCUGGCUCCCUGCACUCACUCACCCUCACAUCUACAGCUGGUUCUCGACCGGUGAAGCCAAAAACCAACUCUUUGAGGCCAGCCAGAGAAAAUUCUGCAUCUUCUCGUUCUCAAGCCUUCAAUGUAUUUGUCGAACACAAUGAGGCUUUGUUGCAGAACCGACCGUUGCCAACGUUGCCCGACUUGGCGACAGGAGCAUUGGACCUGGACGGAGGCGGAUCUUCAGGUUUAGGGGGCCAUUGUGGCACUACCUUUAGCCUUGAAUCGGCGCAUCGAUGGACGUCGAGAGAUAACCUACUCCAUACCGAACCCAACGACGAAGACCCGCAGCUCUUUGUCGCCCUUUAUGACUUUCAAGCUUCCGGCGAUAACCAGCUCAGCUUGAAAAAAGGUGAACAAGUGAAAAUUCUGAGCUAUAAUAAAAGUGGAGAAUGGUGCGAAGCUCAUUCGGGUUCGGGUAGGGUCGGCUGGGUCCCGUCCAACUAUGUGACUGCUGUCAAUUCACUAGAGAAACACUCGUGGUAUCACGGGCCAAUCUCCCGCAAUGCAGCUGAAUACUUACUCAGUUCGGGCAUCAAUGGCAGCUUCUUAGUACGAGAAUCGGAAAGUAGCCCUGGGCAACGAUCCAUCUCACUCCGCUACGAGGGCCGUGUUUAUCACUACCGGAUUAGUGAAGAUUCCGAAGGACGGGUGUACGUCACAUCGGAGAGUCGGUUCCGGACGCUGGCCGAGCUUGUUCAUCAUCACUCGGCAAAUGCGGAUGGGCUCAUAACGCAAUUGUUGUAUCCGGCUCCCAAGCGUCACAAACCGCAAGUGUUUGCGCUCAGCCCUGAGCCGGACGAAUGGGAAAUCGAGCGGACGGACAUAGCAAUGAAACAGAAACUAGGAGGAGGUCAAUAUGGAGAUGUGUACGAGGCAAUGUGGAAGCGAUAUAACAUGACGGUGGCCGUCAAGACGCUCAAGGAGGACACGAUGGCGCUCAAGGACUUUCUAGAAGAGGCGGCCAUUAUGAAGGAAAUGAAGCAUCCGAAUCUGGUGCAAUUGCUAGGCGUUUGCACGCGCGAACCUCCUUUCUACAUUGUCACGGAAUUUAUGUCGCGAGGCAACCUGCUCGACUAUUUGCGAAGAGCCAACCGUGAAGAGAUCGACGCCAUUGUGCUCCUUUAUAUGGCUACUCAAGUGGCGGCCGCCAUGUCCUACCUGGAGAGCAGAAAUUUCAUUCACAGGGAUCUUGCCGCCCGUAAUUGCCUUGUCGGCGAAAACCACUUAGUCAAAGUGGCCGAUUUUGGGCUGGCCCGCCUAAUGCGCGACGACACCUAUACGGCUCACGCCGGUGCUAAGUUUCCCAUCAAGUGGACCGCUCCCGAAGGUCUAGCCUACAAUAAAUUCUCCACCAAGUCGGAUGUCUGGGCGUUUGGUAUCCUUUUGUGGGAAAUUGCCACCUACGGCAUGUCUCCCUAUCCCGGUAUCGAUUUAACUGAUGUCUACCACACCUUGGAAACAGGCUACCGGAUGGAAUGCCCCCCAGGAUGCCCACCCCGUGUCUACGAUCUCAUGCAGCAAUGUUGGCAUUGGAGUGCCAAUGACCGGCCGACUUUCCAAGAGAUCCACCACGGCCUGGAAAAUAUGUUUCAAGAAUCGAGCAUCAACGAAGAAGUCGAGCGACAGCUACAGGGGAGCAGCAGCGUCGGCGCCAGUUCAUCCAGUCCACGCCUAUCAUCAAAAAAGGUCGCCAAUCAGGGCCAAGCUCAAAAUCAAAGUCAUAAUCGACCAUCAGGUGCUAGCGGUAGCGCCGCGAUGCCUAGUCGUUCCAGCACCGGUCCGGUGCAAAUGAGACGGGCCACCAACACUAAAGGCAAACCCGUCCCGGCUCCUCCCAAACGUACCAGAGGAGGCAAGCCCACUAAGGUGUCGGACAAAUCAGGGCACCUGGGUACCGCACCUCCCAGUAGCUCCUUCCGGGACAGUUCGUACACAGAUCAGGACUUUGGCGGGCCUUGUGGUGACGACGGAAGCGAUUCCAACGGAAUUGAACACGUUUUCGAAGGUAUCAACAGAGACCUGCAGAGUUUGAAUCACGGUGACGAGUCAGAUGGAGAUGGAAGCGAAGGUGAACAGGCUCUGACGACACAACCGAGUGUCAAAUUUCAGCGACAAAUGUCGGAGCAGCCGCGUGGCACUAGUAGUUCGAACCGGAAGAUUCGAACGUAUCCACCCAAAGAAACGAGCCCGAUCGCCGACCCGAAACCCAAACCGCCACAGAGAAGCAAAAUCCAAGUGGCUACGCUCGAAGUUCAUAACGUUAAGAAAGCCAUCAACAGAUAUGGAACUCUGCCGAAAGGAGCUAGGAUAGGUGCCUAUUUGGAGUCUCUGCGUCAGAGUGGCAUGACGAGCGAGCCGCCGGAAGGCGUCGAUAUGGACCAGGGAAACAAGGAAGAAGAAUCGCCCAAAGCUGGCCAUGUGUCUCUAUUGCGCCAAGCGGUAAACCACAACCGGACGGAAGAUCCAAGGCUCCGUCCGGGUGUCAAGAACGCGACUGGCUCGUCCUCUAAUCCGACCAAAACUCCUCCGGCCGGUAGAAGUCAUUCGUUGUCGGGCGAAGGACCCCGCACGCCCAGCCCUAAACCGCGCAGCAGCGGCCUUCGUUCCAGCAGUAACCCGCAGGCCCGGCAUCCGCGUGAAAAUUCACCGGCGCCCAAUCUGGCCGAUUUGGAAUUCCCUCCACCACCUCCGCCGUUGGAAGACGAUGCGGCUUCAGCCCCGGACGAUAAUUCGUCGGCAGCUUCUCACGACUCGAUCGACGGCCCGAAACAGCUGGACAAGCAUCCGCCCACCCGACCCGUCCCUUCUCCUCGGGGUCAAGUCAAAACGCCACCAGCUAACGUCCAAAUGCGAGCCAAUUCAGUCGAUCGGGCCGGCGGCGCCCGCCAAUCACUCGAAGAUCAAUUCUUCCUCGGCGAGGAAGUCAGCAUCGAGGAGAACUCACUCAAGAAGAACAUUGAUUCGAACCGAGUCAACCGAGAAUCCGCCAAUGAUUCUCCGAAUACGACCACCGGGAGUGCCAACUCUGUUGGCCUCGUGACCAGCAAGAGCGCCGAUUCUCUGUGCUCUUCCGAAUUGCUGGACAGGAAAAGCGGCGCACCAUUCCACUCGAUGGAGGAGAGCAGCGGUAUCAUGAGCCAAUCGAUUUUCGGCAUCCUGCGCUCGCCGAGUCCGUGGGAAGACAACCAUCAUGGGUCCGACCCGCCACCUGAGCCAGCGCCUAGCGCGGCGGCCGCGGUGAACAAGACGAAGCCGUCGACGCCCAGGGGCUUGCGCCAUGUGGACGUUCAACUGGUGGCCGAGUUUAAGGAAAAAACGGACAAGAAACUUUCCGGCGGCUCGUCGUUGGAGAAUGUGGGGCAGCAGAAUCCUCCGUCUGUGCACCUGGUCAGCGAGCUUUUUGAAAAUUUGAGAUUAAAAGCCGGCAAGAAACCGGGUUACGCUAGCGAAACGCAGACGACGGAAUCUUUGAUGACUCAGCCGGCCGAAGUGAUGGCUCCACCUCCUCCUCGACCGGCCCACCCAGCACCGCAGCGGCCCACUCCGCUUUCUGGAACGAAGAAAAUAGAUCUGAUGGCCGAUCAAUCCAAUUCCCAAGACCAAACCAAUUCUCCUGCAGGUGCGGCGAAUAACGGCGACGGUGGAGUCAAAUUCGACUUCAAGUCCCGUUUACGUAAAGUUGGCAGCGAUAAGACGGAAAACGAAUCGACCCAAUCUCACGAUCAGCAACAGCAGCCGGUAGUGGUGAAACCGAUGGUGAAGCCGGUCCCCGAAAAGGUGGUGGAGAAGCCUUCCGAAAGCUCUGAAGAUUGCGAUGACAAACGGAAGAGCAGCGGAAGCAUCAACAGUUUGAAACGGAUGUGGGAAAAGGACCAACAGAAUCAACAAUCGCAGCAGCAGCAGCAGCAGCAUCAUCCUCCUCCUCCUCCUCAGUCUCAGCGAAUCUCUCUCAAAAGUGGUGCCAAUAGCGCAGAGUCGGUACCGAGCCGGCCGCCCCCUCCGCCCCAACAGCAGCCGGACAAGCCAGCCGUGCCGGUCAAACCGAGCAGCGUCGUGAUGAAGCCGUUAAAGAACUCCUCGGCCGCCAUCUAUGCGACGCCGACAUCGUCUGUGAUCAACGCCAAACCACCCGUAGCUAAUCGUAGCAGCGCCGUGUAUGCUAAAGGCCCUUCUCCGGUCAUACAGAGCAACGUUGGGGCCAGUGAAGAGGGCGACGGCGACCGGCAAAAGAUCGUUGCCCUGUGCUCCGAAGUGGAACAAGUGCUAUCGCAAUCGCAUGCGACCCCUAAUCAGUGGAUGGAAUUGCUGUCUAAUGUCCACUCUAUGUGCCACACCUACGCCGACUGCAUCGCGCCGCAUGGUCGCUUCCAUUUCCGGCAGCUGAUCGCCAAGCUCGAAACUCAAACGAAGGAAAUGAAGCAGACGAGCUGCGGUCCGUUGAGGAAUUCGUCCGAGCAUAGCCGGCUGGUCGGUGACGUCAAGAACACGGUUCGCGAUGUGGCCAACGCCUUGCAACGUUGAAACAAUUGAUUGAUGUCAUGAAAUUUCAAACGACUACUACAUCUACUCACCACCAGUUGUAUUUUUUUUUUUUUUUAUAAUUUUUUUGUGGAGGGAACUUCAAAAACGCAGUUUGGUUGUUUUGUUUUUUUUUUGUUUUGUUUUUGUGUUGGGGGCCCUUUCUUUUGCUCUUUCUCUUCAGUUAGCGCCGCAUACUAUACCGUAUUUGCAACUAGGAGUAAGGAAAAGUGACAACUAAAUUCGAGUGCAGCCAUUCCAUGUUUUCUUUUUUGAGAGAAAGAAAUGACAGAAUCCGUCGUCUUAUAUAUUAACGGUACGUUCGCGUACGUGUGUCUUUUGAGUGUCAGCAGAUAGCGCAGCUUUUAAUUGUUUGUGAGAAAGCAAGCAAAGUGUGAGUGGUUCGCAUUUCUUGCCAUAUUGGAAAAGAGCUCGUGUAAUUGUAUGUGUUUCUUCUAUUCAUCGCGUCAAAUCGUCGAAAUCAUUUCUCUCAAAUCUGUCGUCUUACCUUUAUAUAUCCCAACCAAUCUGAUUGUCUACGAAUUCCCCUUUAUCGUCUUACCAUUAUUUUUUUUUUCUCUCUCUACAAGUUCUUCUUCUACUAAAACAAAAGUGAUUAAUCUAUUCUUCGGCCGAACGUCAGAAAAAAGCAACGAUUUUUUGUUUGUUUGUUUGUUUUUGUUUGUUUUUUUUUUCUUUGGUCCUGAAAAUUGGGUGACGUAGCCACCAGUCGCCUGUCCCCGUUGUAUGUCUAGUCCCUCAUAACCGUCUCUCUCUCUGUUUCUCUCUCUCUUUCUUUCUCGUACUCUCCGAAUUCUCGCCUUACUAUAUAUUUUUUUUUACUUUGCAUAUCUAUUGGUCCUCCUCCCCUACCCAUUAGCCAACUUGUCAGAGAGAUAACGACAAAUGUUUAUAACAGAAUAAAAAAAAAAAAAAAGGAAAAAAAAAUGCCUACCAAUUCAUCGAUGCCGAUCAGAAGAUGGAAAAUUGAUGGCGAAAAUAUCGAGUCGCUCUUAUAUAACUACUAAUGGCUGGUUGUUUUUUUGUUUUUUUUCUGUUCCAUAUAGUCUUGCACGCACGCUCUGUUGAAUUAUAACGGAUUCGAUUGCUUUUUUCCUUUUUUCUUGUGACCCAUCUCCCUCCUUCACCUACGUGAAAUACUUACACAUUCUGACCGUGUAUGUAAUCAUACGUACGUAUCUCUUUCUAUCUCUCCUUUGGUUUUUUUUUUUUUCUCCGUUUUCUUUGUGUGUUUGGCUGGCGGAGAGGCAUGUUUAACCACGCCCGCCAUUGCAAUUACCCGAGUCUAACGUGUCAAAAGUGCGUGUUUAUUAUAUAUAAGGUGGCAUACUCACUUUAAUCCUAUUAACACGUGUCAUUUUCUCACCGAUCUUGUGUAUUGGUCAUACAUAAGCUAAAUUAGUGCGAGUUUGUGUGGUGUGCCUUCUCUUUGAUUAUUCAUCACCUCCCUAACGAGCCUAUUCUCGUAGUUUACCGGUGUCUUUUAUGACCAGGUAUUCCUGACAUUAAACAAGAAAGAAAGUGCCAUCGUGAACA